UUAUUAUUGUAUUUCACAGGACGCGGGCAUUCAAACCCGAGCAACUUGAAAGGACAAAACUGGAAAGCGGUGUGGAUUGACAAGCCCGGCAGAAUUCAGCCUCUCACUCAAAGCUCCGAAGCUCUGCCGGAGCAGACGGUACAUUGCGAAGUACCUUCACUUCCCGCAGCCGACUGCCAUCGAACCAUCAACCAUACGGACGGACAAAACACCAGUAGAUAGUAUAACGGCCGAUCUCGACGCCCAACACCGCCUAUCACGUCUCCGCGAGACGCUGGGACACCGGUCCGCAUUCAAUUCUUUCCAGACCUUUUCUGUUUUCGACCGAGCUUCCCAUCCCUUGGCCGCAAUGGCGGUCCACACCCCGACUUCAACAGGAGGCUCCUCCCAGACCGCAACCUCCGAAGAAUCCAAGCUCCCGGUGCCCUCGCGCAAUCCUCUUCCUCUCUCAGCUUCGCAAGAAGCCCAAGUUCGGGACGUCUUCUACGCCCGCGUCCGCCGCUCUUGCGCCGACGAGAUCAAAGCGUUUGCCGAGUGCGCCAUGAACCGCACUUUUUCCGUCGCUUUCGUCUGCCGCUCCCAGCACCGCGUGAUGAACGCGUGCAUGAAAUCCCACGCCACGCCGGCCGAGCAGGACGCCGCGAGGGAGGAAUGGUUCGCCCAGCGCCUGGAGCGACAGCGCGAGCGCGAGCGCAAGGCCCGCAAGAAGCUCAGCCAGGAGGAGUUCCUGCGCGAGUGGUGGGGUCUCCCGGAGAAGGACGAGGAGCUGCGCCGCCGCGAGGAGGAGAAGCUGCGGCGCGGCGAGAGGGUCGGCGGCUGGGCGGCCCGGAAUAGAGAGCGCUGGGAAGACCCGUCGCCCACGACGACAUCGAGUGCGGGUGCGAAGCCGGGGGAUCAGGACGGGAGGCCAUGAUAUAUUUUCCUUGCACGGCGAGGUUGGGUUGGCCGGGCAGGGACGACGAGCCGAGGCCUAUACCUUUGGGUCUAUGCUGUACAGUAAGGAUAAAUGAGCGGUGGGCUCCAAAAGCGAUGUAUGCAUAGUGCGGCG